CACAGCUCCAGGAACAAUCACAGUCUCUCUGACUGACUGCACUGCGAAGAGGCUACUCAGACUGUCAUGACACAAUCUCCAAUGAGUACAUACCUGAUGAUCACCAAUAAUAUUUUGCAAAUAGAGCUACAAAGGCUGCUUUGCAAAAUCAAGAGAUCCUGUUAAAAAAGUUCCGACGUGCACUAAGAUGUCAAGUGGACCUACCUUCAGUGUGUGGGACUAUGUGGUCUUCACCUUAAUGCUGGUCAUCUCUGCAGGUAUUGGGGUGUAUUACGCCUUCGCCGGAGGAGGUCAGAGCAGCUCCGCAGACUUUCUGGUGGGCGGACGGAGUAUGACGGCGGUACCGGUGGCCCUGUCCCUGACGGCAAGCUUCAUGUCAGCAAUCACCGUUCUGGGGACCCCGGUGGAAGUGUAUCAGUACGGAGCCAUCUUCAUCCUCAUCUGCUUUUCUUAUGCUCUGAUGGUGGCAGUAAGCUCUGAGAUCUUCCUGCCAAUCUUCUACAGACUGGGCAUUACCAGCACCUAUGAGUAUCUGGAGAUGCGUUACAAUAAAGUAAUUCGACUUUUUGGGACAGUCCUGUUUAUCAUACAGACAGUAUUGUACACUGGUCUGGUUAUUUACGCUCCAGCUUUGGCUUUAAACCAAGUCACAGGUGUGGAUCUCUGGGGUGCCGUCAUGUCAACUGGAGUCGUCUGCACUCUCUACUGUACAUUAGGCGGUCUGAAGGCAGUGGUGUGGACAGACGUGUUCCAGGUUGGCAUCAUCUUGGCUGGUCUUUUGGCUGUCAUCAUCCAAUCAGUGAUUCUCCAGGGCGGGAUCUCCACUAUCAUCAGUGACUCCUCCCAGGGCGGCCGACUCAACCUAUGGGACUUCGAUCCAAACCCUCUGAGGAGACACACAUUCUGGAGCAUCACAGUGGGAGGGACGUUCCUCUGGACCAGCGUAUAUGGCAUUAAUCAAGCUCAGGUGCAGAGAUACAUAUCAUGCAAGUCCCUGUUCCAUGCCAAAAUGGCUUUGUAUAUUAACUUAGUGUCUCUCUGGGCUAUUUCAUUAUGCUCAGUAUUUUGCGGCUUGUGUUUAUACUCCAUUUAUAAGAACUGUGAUCCAUGGACAGCAAAGAAGGUGUCUGCUCAAGACCAGCUUAUGCCAUACCUGGUGUUGGACAUCCUAAGCGAAUACCCUGGUCUGCCAGGACUGUUUGUGGCAGCAGCAUAUAGUGGCACUUUAAGUACAGUCUCCUCCAGUGUAAAUGCUUUGGCUGCGGUAACUAUUACAGAUCUGAUGCGCCCGUACCUCAGUCUGUCAGAGAGGCAGCUGUCCUGGGCUUCAAAGGGCAUGAGUGUGUUUUAUGGUGCCGUGUGCAUUGGAAUGGCUGGUCUUGCAUCUUUGAUGGGAGGGAUGCUACAGGCUGCUAUUAGCAUCGUAGGAGUGGUUGGCGGACCUCUACUGGGCCUCUUUUCUCUUGGCAUCCUGUUUCCAUGCGCCAACACAAAGGGAGGUUUGGCAGGGCUACUGUCUGGUUUGGUGCUGUCACUGUGGGUGUGCAUUGGAGCACAGAUAUACCCUCCGCAACCAGAGAACAGCAGACCGUUGCCUCUGACGACACAUGACUGUAACUUCUCAAUGGCACCAGACGGCACUAACUGGACUACAAACAUGGACCACCUCACAAUGAAAGAGGAGAAUCAACAAAGGCCUUUCCUAGCUGAUAAUUGGUACUCACUCUCAUACCUGUACUUCGGCCCAUUGGGGACUGUGACGGUCAUUGCCGUAGGGCUUAUUAUCAGCAUUCUUUCGGGGGGCAGACAGAUGAAACUGCAGCCUGGACUCACGCUAUCAAAAGAGGACCUCACCUGCUAUAAAGUCUACAAUGUACUCAAAGAAAAAGUAAGUAUAGAUUUUAUUGUGCAUAUAUAUGUGUGUAUGUGUAUAUAUAUACAUAUAUAUAUAUAUAUGUAUAUUUAUAUAUGUGUGUGUGUGUGUGUGUAUGUAUAUAUAUAUAUAUAUAUAUAUAUCCUCCUGGGACCCAGAAAAAAAAGUUUUUGAAUUUAAUAUUUUGUUUCACAUCAUUACAUUGUUUAGAACAUAAGAAAAAAAUGAAUUUUUUUUGAAAAAUUAUAUUUUAUUCAUAUUUUAUGCUAUGUCCUCUGUAGUGGACACCAGGACUAAGUUGUUUAAAAAAUAAAAUGACAAUAAAUUACAUGUACAGGCAAAAACAAUGGAUUUUUUUUUUUUUAUUCACCAAUCAAUUUUUAGGUUUCAGGAUUUUUUUAAACUAAAUUUUGUUUAUUAAAGAUGAUUCUCAACUAUGUUAUGAAAGAUAGAACGGAAUGAAUCGAUAUACCAUUUUACUUUAUGCAUUAUGUGGGUAAAAUGGCCAUACAUGGAUUUUCCCAUUCAAUACAAUGCAUCUAUACACUGUAUCUAAUUUGCAUAUUAACGUGUUCUUGGAGCAACAUGUAAUGAAAAAAGAAGUGUAAUAAUGGGAGUAAAAAUUGGCAAAAUUUUCAUAAUAUCUAAUAAUUAAUAGGAAUAUUGAUACAUAAUUUAUUUUGCUAUUCACUUGUUGUGUCUCCCAAAAUGCCUGAUAAUCAUGAUUUAAGUCCGGUUGUCCUCUACAGAGGUCAUGUAUGAAAUCAAUGCCCUGUUUUGUAACAGAAAGUCAUAUUUUGAUUAGAAACCCCAUAACAUUUUCCUGAGAUGUUGAUUUAUAACAAACAAUUUAAAAAAUAAUCCAAUUUAUCUCUGCAAAGCCCUGAAUGUGCUCUUUACAGGACAGCCAGACUUAAUAUUGUGACAUGUAUGAUGUCAGAGAAAUUCACUAAAAUAUAAUGUCCACUACAGAGGACAAAAGUCUAUUCCUGGGUCCCAGGAGCACACACACACACACAUGCAUAAA